AAGCACCAAAGGCAGCUAUUGGUAUGAUGUGUAGUAGGGGCUCUGGACAUGGUUAGGUUGAAUAAGUAUUCCAAGAACCCACAUGGAAUUUGCCAUCUGGGGCAGAGAACUUUGAUGCAUGAGUGAUGAAAAAACUGCUCCCCAGUGACUAUUGUGAUCUCCCAGACAGUAUACGACAACGAAGUACUUGAGGUCCAUGGCCCAAAAUGACUCCACCACUGGAGACUCUCUUCAGUAAAGAAGACAACCAGACAGGAGGCUGGGAUGAGCAUGCCACUGCAUCAGAUCUCUGCCAUUCCAACCCAGGAUGCCGCCUCUGCUAGAGUCUACAGAAGUAAGACCAAAGAAAAGGAGAGGGAAGAGCAGAAUGAGAAGACUUUGGGACAUUCCAUGAGUCAUUCAAGUAACAUUUCUAAGGCUGGGGGUUCUUCGUUGGUGUCGGCUCCGGUGUCCGCCUUCCCUCGCUCUUCUGUCACACCGUCCAAUCAGGACAUCUGCAGUUCCAGUGCAGUGUGUUCUGAGUGUUGUCACCAAAGUCCCGUGCAGUCUGCUGUUGUCUUGAAAGCUCCUCCCUGCCAGAGUUCUCUGACACAAGGGCUCACUGUGACAGUUAUCUGUAAAGACACAUUGUCCAAGAGAAAUUCCUGUGGUUCAGAAUGGGCCCAGGCCUUGAAGCCUGUUGACAAUACUAAAGCCAGAAGAACACUAAAGUUCUCAAAAUCCUUAAACGAUGUGGGCGAGAGGGCCCAGGAUACUGUGGAAAGUUUUGACUAUGUGGAAAGAACUUGCUCCGAAGGGAAACUGAUACUCCCUCCAGAUCCGGGUCUGAGAAUUAACAGGUUCCACCAGAAGGAAAAAAGAGCACUGCAUCGCAAACCUCUUGGCAAUUCCAAACAUUCUUGUGUUUCCUCCCUUUCUGCCAAUCGGUCAACUGCCUCAGAGGUGGAAGCUGGCAAGGGGGGCAUGCAUGUCCCUCUUUUGGAGGAGAAAGCAGAUGGCGAAGCCGUGUCCCAGAGCCGGCGACUGCUCCGGUACCUGUUCUCGCUCUCGCAUGGCUCGAGCGCCCGCAGCCUGCACAGGUUCCAUGAGCUGGAGAACCGUGCCGCCCGUCUGCACACCGCCAAGUCCUCCAGCGGGCUGGCAGGGAGCACGGGCUUCUGCUCGGAUGAGAUGGGAGACGACGAUGUCUUUGAGGACAGCACAUCUGCAAAGUGGAAAAGCAAGGUCCUGCGGGCACCCCUCUGCUCAGUGGAGAAGGACAGUGACCUGGAUUGUCCUUCUCCCCCCUCUGAAAAAUGCCCCCCGAUCUCUCCUGUGUCCACGUCAGGGGAUGCCUGCAGGAUCUGCCACUGUGAAGGGGAUGACGAGAGCCCUCUGAUCACCCCUUGCCGCUGCACCGGGAGCCUGCACUUCGUGCACCAGACCUGCCUGCAGCAGUGGAUCAAGAGCUCCGACACGCGCUGCUGUGAGCUCUGCAAGUACGAGUUCAUCAUGGAGGUCAAGCUGAAGCCUUUGCGAAAAUGGGAGAAGUUGCAGAUGACAGCCAGUGAGCGCAGGAAGAUCAUGUGCUCAGUGACAUUCCAUGUCAUCGCCAUCACCUGUGUGGUCUGGUCCUUGUAUGUGCUCAUCGACCGUACCACUGAGGAGAUCAAACACGGACAGGCAACAGGAAUCCUAGAGUGGCCUUUUUGGACUAAACUGGUGGUUGUGGCCAUCGGCUUUACCGGCGGACUUCUUUUUAUGUACGUUCAGUGCAAAGUGUAUGUACAAUUAUGGAAGAGACUCAAGGCUUAUAACAGAGUAAUCUAUGUUCAGAACUGUCCAGAAACAAGCAAAAAGAAUAUUUUCGAAAAAUCUGCACUAACAGAACCCAACUUUGAAAAUAAAGAUGGACAUGGAAUCUGUCAUUCUGACACAAACUCUUCUUGUUGGACAGAACCUGAAGACACUGGAACAGAAAUCGUUCAUGUCUGAUUUUGUGCCGGGGUUAGUUUUCCUGGACAUCGAAGAACAGCUGAAGGAAAUUGUUUACUGCCAA